AUGUUUUCUUCAAAUAGUAUCCAACCCAUCAAAUUUCAUUCAAUUUAUAUUCACUUAGUAACAAUAUUAAUUUUGAUUCAUUAUAUCUAUGAAAUUAAUGGACAACAAUAUGAUUCAUAUAAAUGGAAAACUAUUCAUGAUAAUCAUGAUGAUGAAGAUACAACAUAUUUACCAUUGAAUAGAAUGACUAUUAAUUCUUUAUUACAUCAUAAUGAUCAUGAUCAUAAUAAUAAUGGAAGAAAAAUUAUUAAAACAAGAGCAAUCGAGAUUGCACCACCAGAAAGACCAUUUAUAUUUGAAACUCCUGAAGCACUUAGAACAUAUUUACAUAAAUUAAAUGAAUAUUUUGCAAUUAUAGGACGUCCUAGAUUUGGUCGAAGAAGAUAAUGAUCAUGAUCAUGAUGAUGGUAAUCAUGAUCAUCAUAAUAAUAAUGAUUAUGAUCAUGAUAAUUUAACUAAUUUACAAUCAUACAAUGCAUUCCUAUGUCUUCUUAUUGUCAUUGUUUAUUCAUUUCAAU